AUGGUGGCAGCACGUGACGUACCAUCGAUGAAGUCGCAAAGCCAAGAAGCCCAAGAAAAUGCCCAGACUGACUGUGGUUUUGUGAUGGCUGGUUUUCUUGCAUACCACGAACCUGGUAUUGUCGAAAUCUUGAUCAUCAUAUCCUUCUUUUUCCUUCUGUCAUUAGCGGAAUGGAUUUCGACUAAGAUCAUUCGUGCCGGUAUUAUUGGUCAAAUUGCCGUUGGGAUUAUCUAUGGAAAACCGUUGGCCAAUAUCUUGGAAUACCCGUGGCAGCAGACUUUCCUUGCCAUUGGGUAUGUUGGCUUGAUUUUGAUCAUAUUUGAAGGUGGCUUGCAAGUCAGACUCGAUCUAUUGAAGCAAAACUUUCUUCUUAGCGUCCUCGCGGCAGCUACAGGUGUCUGCUUCCCAAUUGGGUUUUCAUAUCUGCUGUUGUACUUGGGCUAUGGAUACGGUGCAGUUGAAACUUUUAUCAUUGGAGCCGCACUAUCGGCGACUUCUUUGGGCACUACCUUUUCCGUCAUAUCAUCCGCCGCAAGUGCAAUAGACCUUUCUCAAACUCGAGUUGGCUCUGUUCUUGUGAGUGCUGCUGUGAUCGAUGAUGUGGUCGGCCUUGUGUUGUCUAGCGUCAUCGGAGAUUUGAGAGAGCUUUCUGGUCCCGAUGCUGGCCAUGUCAAUCUUGGCUGGAUCAUCGGUCGACCGAUCGUAGCCUCUGCGGCCAUGGCAAUUCUCACCCCAAUUUUUACCAAGUGGAUCUUUGCACCGAUUUUCCGACGCUGGAUCGAACAUAAAUUCGCAAAGUUCGAUCACGUUUCAAACAUCCUCUUGAUGGUCUUGGUCUUAUCCGCAUUCAUUAGUAUCGCCGCAUAUGCAGGCACGUCGGUCUUGUUUGGUGCGUUUCUGGCUGGCACGUUUCUCACAUACUUGCCGAGCAAGCAUCCAGAUGGUCCAUUUGUCGUGAUGAGCCGGGAAGAAGGCGAGCGAAAUGCCGAUAAAAGCCCGAAGUUCAUUCACACGUUCGAGUUGUAUCUUUUGGAUACUCAAAAAUAUCUCAUGGAGCCACUCUUCUUUGCCAGCAUUGGAUUUGCAAUUCCUUUCGUGGAACUCUGGACGGGAGAACGGAUCUGGAGAGGAAUCGUGUUCACAUUAAUCAUGGCCAUUGCAAAAUUCAUCGUCGGCCUGUGGAUUCCAUUUUGGAAGUUCUUGGGUCCGUCGAAAGGUCAUUCUCGUGCAGUCCUCGAGUCGCCAACAGCCAACAACGAAAGAACUGGAUAUCGACCUGCAUCGCUUGCUGGUCUACUACUUGGCUCGGCGAUGGUAGCACGAGGUGAGAUCGGCCUUCUCAUCAUAGAAGUUGGGUAUAAUGAAACGAGCUAUGUGAGUCAAGACGGCUUCAUCACCGCAGUGUGGGCUAUCCUUCUCAAUACCAUCAUUGGCCCUGUCAUUGUGGGAAACUUGGUGAAAUAUCGUGGGAAACGGAUUGGAGAGGGUGAAUGGGGAUUGCAAAAACAAGAAAAGCCCUUGAUACCAAGUCCCAGCACGCCCCAGGCAUGA